AUGCUCGGUACAGUCAUUUUCGUGCUUUUGAGCGGCUACGUGAUCGCUCUCCUCGCAUGGCACACCCUUCAGAGGCGUCUCCUCGCAACAGCCCUGGGGAUCCAUGACCUUCCGCUGCUGGUGAAGGUUCGACGCGACGAGGACAAGUUCGACGGUACAGCGGUGGUCUGUGGAGGAAGCAUUGCUGGAUUGCUGACGGCCAGAGUUUGUCAUGCACACUUUCGCAAAGUCUUAGUUGUCGAGCCUGAAGCAUGGGCGGCCACUGAAGAAGCGCGGAUACUCGGUCCGUGGAAUCAGGAGCCGCGGCGGACACGACUUUUACAGCGGAACUCGUUGCAUGGCAGUCAGCCACCUUUUUUCGCUGGGAUGCUCCAUUUGUUCGCAAAACUAGAAGCAGAAUGCGCGCGCGCUCGUCUAAAGCAAGUGCCCCCAAACAUAUGUAUUCAACUCCCCGUCAAUCUUACACUCUACCACAGAAUUGAGCCUUAUAAUGCUCGACCACACCUGUCCGGCCGUGCUUGGAUGGUGCCCGAACGUUCGCUUAUGGCUAACUCGUUAUAUACGACGCGUGCGGCACUAGAGAAGCUGUUGCGGCGUUUGGUACUGGACAAAGAACUCUAUCCCAAUAUCAGCUGGAUGACGGGAACGGUUGUGGGCACGAGCAUAAGCCCAACCGAUCCGUUGCGCAUUGACAAGGUUGUCGUGCGAAGCGAGGCAGGCGUUGUGGAGGAAAUGCCUGCGAUGCUUGUUGCUGAUUGCGCUGGUCCUGCACGCGCGGGUGUCAAGUGGCUCCGACGACAAGGAUUCGAGAUGGACCCACUCAAGAUUACCAUCGACCAAAAACUGCGGUAUUCAACGAUGUUGUUCAAGAUGGACGAAAAGCUCCAGGAGCGGCUUCCGUUUCCCGACGAGCUUCAGCGCAUCCUGGGGGUUUAUAUGUUCUUGGAGGAUAUCAACGAGGAGACGAGGAGAAUGGGCAAAGCCAUGUUCGUCAUCAUACUUGUUCUCUUUGCGGGACAUUACGGAGCCGCGCGCGCCCAACCAAAGACUGUGGAUGAGUUGCCAACGUAUGUCCAGGAGUUGCGCACGCUUGAGCCAAUCCCAGAAUGGAUCUUUGGGAUCAUCGAUAUUCUCCGCGAAGUCCAAGACACCGCAAUUGUUUCCUUGGUCAACCCUCCACCAACGACUUACGUGCAGUAUCAUCUUGCUCGCGAACUGCCUGUCAACUUCGUAGCGCUGGGAGAUAGCGUUAUGACAAUCAAUCCUGUUUUUGGGGAAGGGUGCACGAAGGCCCUUCGCUGCGUCAUGGUGUUACAGAAACAGCUGCUAGACCAUCGCGAGAUAUCGGCCUCUUUUUCUAGCAGCUUCUUUGAGCAUCUGCAUAUCCGAACCGGCUGGAUGUGGGAAAAUACUCGAACACAAGACUAUGGACUCCCCACCACCAUCCCGAUCCCAGGCGAAAGCCUCUCUCUUGGCUCAUUCACGAGGUGGUAUGUGAAGUGGUUCCAACGACUCGCGGUCACGGACAGCCACGCAGGCCGUGUCAUGCACGAUAUGGUGUGUGGGAUGUCAAGCCCCGUUGAUGCCUUGCAUCCGCACCUCAUCGUGAAAGUAUGCUGGGCAGCUUUGACUAUCGGACACAAGUGGCGAAACCAUUCAUCUUGA